AUGCCACUUGGAAGCUACGGAUUCGGAGGGCUGCCCGGCUCCAGCGGCGAGGCGACCUCUGAGGAGCCUGCCGAGGACCACGAGGAAGUUACAGAGGAGCAGUUGCUGUCUUCGCUCGGCGGUCGAACAAAAGACGCUUCUUCCGAGCCGUUCGAAGGCGUGCUGACCAACGAGGAACUCCGGGAGAUGGUUCGCCAGGGGUACAUACACCGGGAAGACGAGCACCUCGAAGACCCGGUGUCCGCCCCCUUUCUGAUCGACGGGCCUCUCUUCAAUGGUUCCAGCGCUUUCGCCUCGCCGCCCUAUGGCCCGAUGCCCCGCAUGCAGCCUUACAAUCGUUCCUUGAGCUCCAUUCCGACUUUCGCGGAUGUCGGUCGGCCGAACGUGUACUCCCCGUCGGUUCCCCCAGAGAAUGCAACAUCCAGCGUCCACGAGUUUUGGAAGUUCGUGGAAAAUCGCACCGUGGACUGGGAGUUCUUCUCUCCACCGGGCAGUCGCUUCGAGCGAACCGAGACCGGCGUGGUCAUGACCCCGCCGAUUUUCCCGAACCGCGUCUACUUUUUUUCGCGAGAAGACGUUGAAGACGGAGUGUACGACGACCCGUACGCAGACGGCCUGGUCCGCAGCGAAGGGGCGAGCUAUUUGAAUCCUGCGUCGCCUGCCUUGAGAACGGGAAGAAGACGAGACGCGCAUCGGCGAACGGACACAGGCCAGAAACAGAAACGGCGGUGGCGAAUGGACGAGGUUGAAAACGAUAUCCCGCGCGGGAACUGGACCCUGAAGAAUGAUAUUUACAAGGAUAUGCUCGAUUCGAUAGACUGGGAAAGAGAAUGGCCUCACGCCUGUGACCAGAACUACUUCAAACGAUCAGACGUCGCGACGCUCCUCGGAGACAACGACAGGAACGAGGACUGCUACUGGGAUCCUCAGUUCCUGGGCGGCGUCGACACGUACCCGAAGGCGCAAGCGGGAGGCAUGAACUACACGUGGCCGUUGUUCUGGGUCCCUUGGCUAGCCAAGAAGUUCCCGCGCAGAGGCGGGCAACCGAUCAAAUCCGAGAUCUUCAAUCUGGGCGGAGUCGAGCCGCUUCAGGCAAGCGCUGAGCAAAGGGGCGAACAGGGGGAAGAGAACGGGGCAAACGCGCGAGAGAAAAAUGUGUCCCUCGUGCUCUGGUUCUACCCCGACGGCUGCGAGGCUUCUCACCCGGGAUUCUGUGCCGUCAAGCUCGUCUCGCGUCCUGGCUGGAACCUGCCUUUCCGCAUCAAACUCUGGAUAAAGGGGAGUACUGUCCAAGUUCCGCUUCCUCCAGCUCCGGCUUCCGCGGCGUGCAAGGCCGCGGGAGGAAGGCAAGAGGCGAGGCGAGGGCGGAAGCGGACGCAAGACGACGGAGAAACGGGAGGCGAAACCGCGCGGUGGAUCAAGUUCAGGAGCGCAGUCACCGCUGGGCCUUUUAAAAGAGAACAAGCAGACUACGUCGCCUACUCUCUCAGUUUUUGCAGGCUCCUGGACAAACGCAGCUUCAUUUGUCGCCCCAACCCUCCCUUCCCGCCGUUCCUCUCGCCUUCUUCUCCGAUCAUCUUCAAUCCCGAAACAGAUGUUGUGCUUGGAGCUGCCGGCGACAUCGAACUCGGCGUCGCCAUAGCUGAGGACGACUGGGAGUGGGACGACGGUCACUGGGCCAUGGAGCAGUGGCUGAAACUUCAGUCUGCUUACCCGGACGACCUCGAAAUUGAAACCAUCCUGCCUGCUAGCUUCACCAACAGUGAUAUGUUCGAGAACUAUAAAUAUAGGGAUAUCCCGGACAAGCACUUUGCAAAGUAUUUGCCCCCCAUGCUGCCGCCUCUCAAUUUCACAGACGACGAGCUAGAGCAGGCCUACUCUUUUCCGCGACGGCACGGUUACUGA